AUGACAGACCAAGAUGAUAUUCUGGUGGCAGGUACUAGUUUACCAAUUAAUGAAAAAAGUUUCCAACUCGUCCAAAUUCAAGAUCCAAAGAAUGAGAGUAAUAUUUAUUUUCCCAUUUAUAAAUUUACUCCCUCACUCUCGUCCUCACAAACACUAUUUCAAUCUCCACAAAUAGCAUGCGGUCCAGAAUUCUGUAUCUUUACCCAAUCAGUUAAGGAAGGUAAAAAUUAUAGGCAUUACCUUAAUUUGUUUGGGUGGGAUAGUAAGAAAGUAUUCGAUUCUCGUAGGAAUACUACUAGAAACUCCCUUACAGAUAUUUUGCAAGGAUUACUUCUCAAAAAUAUGAUAACAGAGGAAAUUCCAACAACAUGUGAAGGAGAUACAAUUAGUCAAAUAGUGUGUGGUGGAGACUUUUGGAUGAUUGUCAUGAAUAGGAAGAAGAUAUUCGGAAAGGGAUACAAUAGAGAUGGUGUGCUUGGGUUAGGACACAAGAAUGAUUGUAAGAAAAUUACAAUCCUCCCUUCACAAGACAUGUUCCAAUGCGAGUAUGAUACAAUUAAGAAGGUUUCUUGUGGGCUUCACCAUGCAAUAUUUGUCAUUUCUAACCUGUUAAAUUCCUCAAUUCAAGUAUUUACCAGUGGUGACAAUAGAUUUGGUCAACUUGCACAUAAUAAUAGCAAGUUCCAAACCAAAUUUUCCAAGAGUGAAUCUCUAACCAAUCUCAUUCAGACAAACGGAUUUAGAGAUGUUUGUUGUGAAUAUCAAUCUACAUGGUUAUUAACAUCAAAUAAUAAGUUGUUUGCCUGUGGUCUUUUAAGUUACUCUUCGACCAAUCAGUCAGUUCUACGUAAGGUACUCGUUCCUAUUGAAUUUAAAGUUCCAUACUCGAGCUCAUUGUUGUCCAAUGGUUUAUCUCCAAAAACAUCAUUUCACUUUGGAUGUGGAGGAUUCCAUUCUGUUUUCUCCAAUCAUCGAAGUGAUUCAAUAGUAGGUAUUGGAACUAACACGUGUGAGCAGCUCUUCCCUCACCAAAGUACUACAAUCCAAGAGCAUCAGAAGAAUACUCCACCAAGUACAGUUGGAAUGACAGUUGCAGUGAGCAAGCUAACUUCCAUGCAACAAGAAAAUAGUCCAGAGAAAAUGAUAUUGAAGAAGAUAUUAUGCUCUCGUGACUGUUCGUUCAUGGUAUUUGAACCAUUACCUGCUAUCCAGGGAUUGCAUGAAUAUUUAAUCAAAUCCAAUAGAAAACUAUCCGAUGUAGUGUUGAUUACUUCCUCUUGCUGA